AUGUCAGCUAUUCCUGAACCAAGAAUCAUCGAGAAUGACGAUGGUUCCAAAACCGUCAUCAGUUUCAAAAUCCAAGAUGGUAAGAAGUACAAGGUUACGCAGAAGGUUAAGGAAAUUACUGUCACCGAGAAAGUUAACAAGAACAUCGCCUUGAGAAGAAAUUGGAAGAAAUAUGGUGCUGAUAAGGGAGCUGCCCCAGGACCAGAUAUUUCAACCACUCAAUUAGGUGAAGAAUUAGAGUUAGACUUGUCUCCUAACUGGAAGGAAAUGGAAGAAGAAAAGGCAAAGGAGAAGGCUGCUAACUCGACUCAAAAGGUAAUUACUUGUAGAAUUUGUGGUGGUGCGCAUUUCACCAUGCAUUGUCCGUACAAAGACACUUUGGGAAAGAAACCUACUACAUCUGCUGGUUUAGACCCGGCUAUCGGUGGUGGAGAUAUGAGCGCUCAAGGAGGCUCUGGCUCUGGCAGAUACGUGCCACCAUCCCUACGUGCUGGUGCUCGUGAUCCAUCUUCUAAUGCUUACCAAGACCAAAGAGAACGUGAUGAUGCAAAGACUAUUAGAUUGACCCAGGUUAACGAACUUGCAGAUGAAGAAGUGCUUAAAAGAGAAUUACUCUUCCCAUUCGGUGAGAUUCCUAGAGUAUUCGUCGUCAAGAACCCAGAAACUGGUAGAUCCCGUGGUGUUGCUUACGUUACUUUCCAAACUGAAGAAAUUGCUGCUCAAGCUUUGAAAUUAUUGGAAGGCAGAGGUUUCAUGAAUUUCAUGUUACACGCAGAAUGGUCUAAGCCAAAACCAAAGAAAGAAGAAUGA